GUGAAGCAUAGUUGGGGCAUGUUUACAUUUCAGAAAUUGUAUGGUUUUUAUUUUUUUUUCUCUGUUUCUCAUACCAGAACUGAAUUGUACAUCUUUUAUUUGUCUUUGAAGAAAGACUUACGUUGGAAUCAAAGGAAGAACCACUCAAUUAUAUUACAUCGUUACACUGUGAUCUAGAAUUCUUCAUUGCAUUUUCUAGUUUGAAUUGUUUUAUUUUUAACUGGACAAAACAUUACUAAACAUUUAUGAGCUUUUCUUUUAAUGAUCCGGUAUGGGUUCAGUAAAGAGAUUGUUGAAUGCCCAGGUAUAUUACAUGAACUUAAAUGCCAUUGGAAUUCCAGUAAGCUCUGUGAUAUACGCAACUGGGGACUUGAAAGGUGAAGCUGCCGAGCGUCUCUCUCUCAUGCCCGCUUCUUAUGGUUCUUCUCAAUUUCAAAAGAAUAGAAAUCAUCCACUUUUUGAUUGGAUGAAUAAGUUUAAGAGCAACGCACAUAGUUAUGCUAAAGGAAUAUGUGACCUUGUGAGUUUGGGAUCCACUGUUCUCUCAAACUGUGAAGGGGAAGUUGAGCUUGGGCAUGAGGGUUAUUCAAGGAUGAGGAAUCGAAAGAUUUUUCAGACAAAAUUUCUCUUUAAAAGGAGAGAAGUUCUUGAAUGCCUUCCAAUGCUAUUUGUCAACCACAGCCGGUCCUAUUCGAAGGCUAAUGGGAGUCAGUUCAAUGCAACCUUAUAUUUAGGAUCUUCAACCUUCAUAGUUUUUGUAAAAUAAAAUACAAAGUGCACUUGU